AUGUGGCGCCGCGCUGCGAAAGCCAAAGCAGGGUCUCAAUUUCUGAGACCGUAUGAGAUUGAUGAUCCUAUGGACUUGGACAACGUCUGGCUGGAGCCUUACGAAAUUGAUGAUGUUAUGGAAUUGAACAACGCCUGCUUUGAGCCUUGGCGUAUCAUGAACGCUGCAGAAAUUGAGCGACUGCAAAAGAAGGUCACGUUUGUGUGCAACGGCCUACAUUAUACUUGGCCCAAUGCAAAGUACAGUUACUCGGCAGCAACAGUCGGCCUUCGGUUCCUCGACUCAGUUUCCAAAGCUACUCGCGAAGCUAGUAGGAAACUCGUGCUGCUAGAAGACCCUCAGUCCAUCGCUGACCCCGCAAGCCACGGAAGAGGGUACACUGCUCUCUGUCAGUCUCAUCCGCAAAUACGAGUUGAGCGCGUGGUCAAUCUCUGGGAAACAGUGUUUCCUGCCGCAGAAUCCCGCAUCCAUGACUUCUUGUACGGCCGUGACGACUUUCUUACGGAAGGAUUAUUGGACGACGAACAAUGCCCUGCUGAUGAAAAAUCUAAAGCAGUGGGUGCGUGGACAACAGAAGCCAUGGUUCUGUCUGAACUAGGCAUGCCCGAAGAUUCCUUCACGUUGGUACUCGAUGGCGAUCCUACUCCAGAACACACACCCCAAGUUUUCAGAACGCUUCAGCGCGAUGCAACCUGGCAAAACGCCUUAGAUGCCUGCUAUAUGCGUGGUGUACUAGCAAGACCGUCCUGGUUGUAUUGGCGAAUGAACCCAGGGUACAUGUAUGAAGAAUUUCCUGAACUGGUUCGCACGCUGUCGCCCAUCAGCUCGCCGGUUCGUACGAACUUCCCUCUCAAUUCUGCUGGAUUCUACACUGUCGAACGACUGCUCAAGGAGAAUCAAGGGUCGUCUCUCCGCGACUGGGAGGAAGGCUGGGCAACACAUGAGCCGGAGGAGUUCCAGACCGAGGCGCCGCUGCUUCCAUGGCACCUUCUGCAUUGGGGUAACGUCAUCUUGUAA